UUUUGCAGGGGGUUACAUUUGCAGUCAGCGCCGUGUUUGCAAAUAUUGUGUACGCUCCUGCGCAAGUGUCCUCCGCCAGCCGCGGGAGGGGAGAGCCGCAGCGGCAGCCUUUGGAGACGUCCUACAUUGCUGUGCAAUUAAACUUUGCAUGAAACUUCGGGUCUUUUUUCCUCCUUAAGCUCCUAAAGGAAUUAAUAUAUAUCUAUAAAUACAUUUUUUUUUCUUCUUCUUCUUCUCUGGAGAAAAGGGGGGGGCUUGGAAACUGAGACAAGAGGUUUGACAUCCCCCCCGCACACACCCCUCACCCCUGCACAUAAAGGAGGCAUCUGUAUUUUUGUAACCAGCACUGACUUUGUUGUUGCAACUUGAGACAUGGAUGUUCUCCCAAUGUGCAGCAUCUUCCAGGAACUCCAGAUUGUGCACGACACGGGUUACUUCUCAGCCUUGCCGUCCCUGGAGGAGUAUUGGCAACAGACAUGCUUAGAGCUGGAACGGUAUCUUCAAAGUGAACCCUGCUAUGUAUCUGCAUCUGAAAUCAAAUUUGAUAGCCAAGAGGAUCUCUGGACCAAAAUUAUUCUGGCGCGUGAGAAAAAGGAGGAAUCUGAACUGAAGAACACUUGUGUCCCAAAAGAGGACAAUCCUCCUAGUCAGAACUUAGAGACCAACAGUUUGAAUUCUGAUGUGAGCAGCGAAUCUUCGGACAGCUCUGAGGAACUGUCGCCUACUACGAAGUUUACCUCUGACCCUAUCAGCGAUGUUUUAGCCAGUUCAGGAAACUUGAGUUCGUCUGUCACUUCUACUCCCCCUUCGUCUCCUGAACUGAGCAAGGAACCUUCUUCUCAGCUAUGGAAUUGUACACCGGGUGAGUUGCAUUCACCUGGGAAAAUACGUACCGGUACCGCUGGAAAGACUGCAGAAAAAGGUACCCCCGUCAACGGUGACACCUCACCAGAUGGCAGAAGGCGCGUUCACAGGUGUCAUUUUAACGGUUGCAGGAAAGUUUACACCAAAAGUUCACAUCUGAAAGCACAUCAGCGCACUCAUACAGGGGAAAAGCCUUACAGAUGUUCGUGGGAAGGGUGUGAGUGGCGUUUCGCAAGAAGUGAUGAAUUAACCAGACACUUCAGAAAGCACACUGGUGCCAAGCCUUUUAAAUGUAGUCACUGUGACAGGUGUUUUUCCAGGUCUGACCACCUGGCCCUUCACAUGAAGAGACACCUCUGAAUGGGUCAAGAGGUGACUCCUGUGGGCUAAGAGGCGUCAAGGUGGAACAGCCUUGAGCAGAGGGAUGCGUGUUCCAGCCAAAGCAUGCCAUUUUGCACCCUACCCAGUUGCCUCCAGGACCUCUCUUCCUUGAAGGUCUUUUGAGGGCUAAUAAGUCAUGUAAGAAACGGCAUAGCAACCGCGGUGCGUGAUGUUUGGGGUUUCCUGGACUCAUACACUGGUAUCUAACCUUCUGAGUGGCUCCUAAGCCUUUGCCGUGAGCAUGUGCACUGAGAAUGUUAAUGAUUGGGCGACUGUAUGUUAUGAGGAUCUAUUGAUGACUGUAUGCUGGGGCACAUUUUUUUUUCUUGUGGUUGUUUUAUAACUGUAAGAGAAAAAAAAAAGUCUGAAUGUCUUGUAUGUAAGGAAUAUCUCGUGAGAUGGGACGACCACCAAUCAUUUCCAAGGGGUGGGGG